UGCGGGAAAACUGACAGGUUUUCCCGCGUACGAUCUCGUGUGUAUGAACGAAUUGCAUCAGUGGAUAGUAAAAUAAUAUUUUAAUGUAGUGUCAGAAUGAGUUUAGUGCGCUCCAUUGUGGAACGUGAAAAAGGAUCGGCACUGAUACGUGAUUACGAUAUUGCUCUGUACCGUUUGAAAUGCUACCAGGACGAUGUUUAUCGUGGCAUAACUCCUAACACAAAUGCACUCGAUUUUAAUCCAGAACCGCCGGUUUUUGCAUGUCGAUUCUGCAUUACAGAAGGAUACCAACAAAUAAUUGCAUUAGCGAACGAAGAUGGGAAAAUUGCUCUGCAAGACACGAGCAUUAAAGAAGUGUACAACCAGCCAUUGGAAGGGACACAGGCACAUUGUAAUGCAAUAUUUGAUGUUGCCUGGAUGCCAGGUGAAUUAAAAUUGGUAACAGCAUCUGGUGAUCACACUGCUAGAUUAUGGGAUGUAUCUGGUUCUGAAAUCAGAGAAAUUGAUCAUUUUCAUGCACACACAAGGAGUGUUAAGACUGCAGUAUUUCGUUAUCAAGAUCAAGCUGUAUUUGCGACAGGCGCUAGAGACGGUUCUAUAAUGGUAUGGGAUAUCAGAGCAAAUCAUUGUGAACAACGUAAACCAGACAAUUGUAUUGCCAAUGCACAUAAUGUUGGAACCAUGGGAAAUGUACGACAACGUAGAGCACUUAAUCAGGCAUCUAGAGCUCAAAGUAUAACCGGUUUGGCUUUUCAAGAUGAUGUCACUUUAUUGUCGUGCGCAGCCGGUGACGGUUUAAUAAAAGUAUGGGAUUUGCGAAAAAAUUACACUGUUCACAAAAAGGAUCCUGUAGCCAAAUAUACAAUGAACUAUACCGGGCACAGUACAAGAAAUGGAUUCUCAUCGUUGUUAAUAUGUCCCGCGAGAAUCACAUUGUAUGCAAGUUGUAUGGACAAUAUUAUAUACUCAUAUAACAUAUCAUCAUAUAAUCCGAAACCAAUUGCAGAGUUUUAUGGGCAUCAGAAUUGUACAUACUAUGUUAAGACUUGUUUAAGUCCUGAUGGACGUUAUAUCGCCAGCGGUUCCAGCGAUGAACUUGCAUACAUAUGGCGUACAAAUAAGCCAGGAGCGCCAAUAGUACAACUAUCUGGACAUACGGAAGAAGUUACUUGCAUCGCGUGGUGCAGUGUGGGAGAAACCAAAAUAGUAACGUGCUCUGAUGACUCGUGCCAUAGAAUUUGGAGAGUUGGCUAUGAACAUAAAAUAGAUAACGAGGAAGUACAAAUACGUGGUCGUGCUGAAGUUGUCCUUAAUAAGAACCCCUUGGAAAAUUUAAAGUUAGAAACUACGCCAACAGUUACACGGCGUUGGGUUGCAUCUCAAGAAUGUACCCCAGGAUCUGACACCACACCUAAUGCUACUCCUGGUCCAAGUUCUGAUGUUUCCAAUCACACUGAGGGUAAUCAGAUACAGUAUAAUAUGAAUAAUUCAGUGAAGAGAAGUUAUUGUCAAAUGCUGAUGGGAUCAUGGUCCGAAGGGAAAUUCAAAUCCAUCUUGUCACCGAUACAGGAGAAUCACGAAUUCAUAGCAAAACGGGCCCAUUUAGAGAAUCGUGGUGCACGAAGAUUGUUCAGCCCGAGUCACGAUAACAAUCCUCUAUGCAAAGGUUACGAAUCGGACGAACCAAGCACAAGUUCGUCCACUGUAGAAAGUAAAAACGUGGUCCUCUUCUCGCCCACCUUGAAUCUUCCGAAUUUCGUAAUCGAUGGUACAGCGCCGCAUUUACUUCAAAUGUCUCCGGAAAAGUACAAAGAAAACGUCGAUUGGUUGACUAGAAUACGAAGGGAGAAGUUUGAACACAGAUCAGGGAAAUCGAUUUCGGAGAAAUUAUCUAGCCCCGUUUACAACCCAACGCCUGCCAGAAGAAAUAGUAGAUCGCGAUCAACGGAACCGCAGAAAGUAACUAAGCUGCCUAAAAGUUCAGUACCUUCUUUGUUAAACUUUUUCAAGCUUACUGGAAAACAUUGUGAAACGAACACGUGUUGUGAUGACGCUGACGCAGUGACUUCUACUGAAUCUUAAAAGUAAAUCAUUGCUUGUGGUUUGAUUGUAUUUUAAUUGUAAUUUUGUACACAUAAUUCUAGAAACAUUUUAUAAGAUAGCAUCGAAUUGCAUUCUGAGCGUCGAUCAAUGAAUGUGAUAACAAUAUUAACGCAUUUUCUAUUGUCUGUGUUAGGGUACCUUACAACGACAAGGAGUAUCAAUGAGUCUAAAAAAUACGACAAAUUUUAUAAUAUAGCAUAUAAGGUAUCUAAUAUAAACGUG